AUCGUGUUUUCCUAAUGUUUUGGUGUGUUUCGGUUAUUAUAAUAAAAUACGCUCGACUGGAGGUAAACAAGCAACGGAGAAUAAAAUACGCUAAAAUGGAGUUUUACCGAAAUGGCUGUAAUCUCAGUAUGUAUGAGGAAUUUUUUAAGUCCCCACAAGCAAGGCUUUUUCAAAGAUGAUGAGUCUCUUAUGCAUCCUUAUCACUCUUCAACAAUUCCAAGUUAUGUACUCUAUAUUGUUGGAUUCCUAGUACCACCUGCAGUGAUGCUUCUUGUUGAAUUAAUUCAUGUAAAGAAUAUUAAAUUGAAACGAGGUAACGCAAAGAAUUCGGCCCUCUUCAAUAAGCAGCUAGUUUGGAAUUUCUACCAUUUAAUGUGCUUAUUUAUAUUUGGUGCUGGCGUCACCCACCUUCUGACCAAUAUUCCCAAAUAUUGUAUUGGUCGCUUGCGACCACAUUUCAUUGAAGUGUGUAAGCCUGACUGGUCACUGGUUAAUGAUACUAGUAAAUACAUCACAGAGGAUAUUUGUACUGGAGAGAAGGCUCUGAUUCAAGAAGCACGAUUGUCAUUUCCUUCUGGACAUUCUUCUAUGGCCUUGUACUGCGCUGUUGUAUUUAUGCUGUAUCUACAGAAGCGGUUUACAUGGAAAGGUGUAUUUCUAAUACGGCCACUGAUUCAAACCAUUGCUUUUUCUAUGGCUUUUUUCACUUGCUUGUCAAGGAUCUCUGAUUAUAAGCAUCAUUGGAGUGAUGUAUUAGGUGGUGCUGUUUUAGGCAUAGUGAUUGGCUAUAUUAUUGCGCAUGCUAUGGUAGAAUGUGUUUUUAAAAAGGCAGCACGAUUAGCUAGGACUACCAGUGGAGAGCUGCCAUCAACAUUUUCUGUCUACAGAUCUAGUCCAGUACCCGCUAGUGUGUCAACACAUUUUUAAAGGAGCUAAGUGCAUUAAACCAACGAUAUUUGUAUCAGGGUUUAGAAAAUAAUUUAUUAUAACAAGUUUUUUGAGCUCAUUACUUUUGUAAAAAUAAAUUAAUAUAACAAAGAAGGUUAACAAAUUGUUUUAAAAAUUUUUUUUUGUUUAAUACAUAACAAAUAUUAAGUUUUCUUUAAAUGGAUUUUUUAAAAAUGUGUUUGAAAGUUGUUUAAUUUUUUAUGAAGUAGGCCUAAUAUAUUUCAUUGUAGGUAAUUUGUCUUCAGCCUACUUUCUCAGUUUUUUAAAAUUUUGUUUUAAUAAUAUUUGAAACAUUUUGUUUUUUAAAAAAAUAAAAUAAAAACAUUUUACAUCAGUUUAUUUUUUUUUUUGACAGUCUUGUAUAUAGAAUUAUUAUUUAGGUUAUGCUAAACAUAUAUAUUUAAACAGCUAUUGAAUUCUAAUUAUGCACUGUUUUAUUAGCUAAAUUAGUAAAAUAUUUUAAAAUGCGUAAUUCAGUGUUGGUAUAUUCAAAGCAAUCUGAUGCACUGUUAUUUUACAUUAUCAGGCAUGUAUAUAAAUAGUUGAUUUGCUGUGGUUUCUCUCUUAUUUUUCUCUUCCAAAUAAUUCAAGCAUGUUUGGAAUUUGAAAAUGAUCUUGUUUAUAUAAUAAAAACAGUGUGAUAAUCCAUUAACAUAUUAACAUUCCUGCUUGUUGAUCUCCCGUGUAGUUGAUCUUUUUUUAUACAAUAUAAAAAUAUUUUACGAUGCAACAUUUUUAGAUACUUUACCACAUAAUUUAUUUGUGAUUGUUGAACACUGUCAUUAUUUUAGUUGAAUCUUCAUUUUAAAGAUUUAUUAGAUUAUAUAGUGUAAUUUUAAAGUGUAUGUUAUUUCAUAACAUUUUUUAAUGGAGGUGAAUUUACUAGAGCAAAGUAAGAAUUAAGUUUAAAAAAAAACUAUUUUCUUAUAAUUUGCUAAUUAUGGUGCUGAAAAUUACUUUAGUUUGUAUUUUAAUUAGAGGAAUUAUUAUAUUUUUGUACAUAGUAAGUCAACAUUUUUUUUACUUUAAUUUUUAGUUUACAUUUUUUCCCCCAUUUUUAUGAAAUAAUCUUCUGUCCAGCUUAUUUCAUUUACAAUAUUACCCUUGAGUUACAAUCAUAUUCAUUAUCCAUGAUAUUUCUAGUCAAUGUGGUAAAAUGUCUUUGCUCCCUAUUCUGUACAGAGUUUGAACAAUUAAUCUGAAAGAUUACUUCUUAUUUAACUGAUAUUUGAUAAAAAAUUAGAGAAAAAAGUACUAUUAUUUAGUUGAAACAUUUUGAGUUUCUGUAAAUCAAUGAACACCUUAUUUUCUUGUUUUUUUUUUAAUUAUUAUACUCAUUAAACAUUUAUUUAAUUUAGUUCUAAGUAGGCCUACAUAGAUUCUAAAUUUUCUUAACAGGUGCUACUAAAAUACAUGAUGACUUCGAUGUUGAAAAUAGUUGCUAAUGAUUAAACAUGACUUAAAAUCAAUCUGGGUUUUUUAAAAAUUUGGUAUUAUUUAAUGCAUUGAUCGCCAUGAAUUAAACACAAAAUAAGGAAAAAAAGUCCCAAAUUCACUUUAUUAUAAGUAAGAUGAGGGAACUUUUAACCUGGUGCUUAUAUAUACGGUAAAAAAAAACAAGUUUUUUAAAUUAAUAUUUGUCACAUUUAAAAAGUUUAAUUGUAUUAGUUUUGGUAUUUUGAAUAGAAAACUCAAUUCAUUGAGAGUUUGCCUAACAUCUUUCUUUUUUUUUUUGAAAAAUAGUAUUUUUCUUUCAGCAAGGUUUUAGUCAUCAAGUUUUAAAAUAUAUCCUUAACUGCUAGUCCUAAGGUCCAAAUUCGAUACUGCAGGAGUACUUGAGUCCACCCAGCUAUGAUGGGAAUCAAACUAAUAGGAAAAGAAAAAGUGGUUGAGUACAGUGCUGAAUACUCCAUCCCAUCAUAUGAUACAGGUGCACUCUACUUCAGCUUCCCCAUGGACCUUAAGGGCGAAUGGGUUCUUUACAAGUAGACAUAAUAUCAAUAAUUUUGGGCAAGUUGAAAUGAUUUAACUUUGCAAUUAAAAAAAAAAACUCCUUAAGUAAGCAUUUAUUUUAUACCUUGAGCUUUUAUUUAAUACCUUGAGCUUUUAUUUAUCUGCAGUAGCUAUUAUAAUUUGCAUCAAAUUAUUGUAAAUUUAUAUUUUAUCUUCUGCAAUAACAACUGACAUCGAAUUAGUAUUACUAUAUUUAAGCUUGACACCUUUACCAUAAUCAGGUUGUUCUACACAAUAAACUUGUU